UGUUAUAUUUUUUUAAACAGCGGAAGAACAGAUUGGAGAUCCAUUGAAAUACUUUAUUCAAGUUAUCCAUUUGUGCGGCAAUUAGCGUUUUCCGAUUCGUUUUCAAUACAUCUGCGUUGUUAAAACAGUGUUGUGAUAACGCCAUGGCAGAUAUGGAAGGUGUGUCAACAUCGGUCACGCCCCAUGCGAUUGAAGAAAAGGAAAAAGAAGCUCAUAGUGCAAUAAAAUGUUACUUAUUGCAGGGCGUUACGUUCUUGUUUAGUAAUUCUUUUAAUAACACACAUGCAGGUGACUGUGAAAAUGAUAUGAAUGGGUGCGCGCAAACAGUUAUUAGUUGCGAAUGUUCGAAAAUGAUUUACAGGACAAUCCGAGGUUCCAAUAGUCCUAGCCGUGUGUAGGGCGGAUUUACGGUACUUGCUGGCUAACUACUUGUUAAUGAGUAUUAAAACAUCGAUGCUGCCAGUGAAACCGAACAAGAUGAACGAAAGAAUAGUUAUUGUUCUGCUCAAAAUCGUAUGCUUGGUAGUCGAUUCUCGAGGGAAUAAUUUUCCCCUUGAAAAGGUGUCGGCUAAUUUCAAUCAAUUUUUUUGUUUUUCAUGAUCGAAGGGCGUUUCUACGGAUCAAACUGGUCUUUGGAAAUGUAGUUUGUACUUUGAUAAAGAGCUGUGUAAGUCAAGAAUGAAAUUUUGCUUUUCAUGGCGUCGCUCAGCGCUUUAUUCAGGUCAUCGGGUGGCAAUGCCCUAAGCAAGUUCUUUGGUCACCACACUCGCCCUGCCGGCUAGAUCCAGUGGUUGUCAACUCCAACGUUAUAUAUAUUCUAAAGGAAGUGUGACAGAUAACUGGGUGUAAAUGGGCUCUAAUCGCAAUCAAAUUGUUCAGUGUUCGGUCAGUAGCUGUCUGGAGUUAUUUGAUAAUGAUAAUGCUACAGCAAAACAGGCCAAGUGAUUGCAUCAACCUGUCGGUUUAGAUUGAAUUGUUUGCAACAUCUAGAAUGUUCUUCUCGUCAACUCGCCAGUAUCUGUUGAGAGAUUCUUGUAAACUAUGCGUUUAACACUUUUCAAAACAAAAGACUGCAUUUUAAAUUCCCUUUUUAAAUGCAAAAGUGAUUUCGUAUGCAAAGUGUUUGAAAUCAGUAGCUGUGUUCUCAAAAGCACUGUUUUUUUGAGUUUAUCACUUGUUGGCAUUCAAUAUUCAAAUAUUCAGUGUUGCAAAAAUAUAUCCAUUUGAGCAAAUUUACUCGCUUGUUUCUCUUGCGUCAAAAGACGCAGAAAAUAUUCAUUUAUUCUCAAUUUUAAAACAAAACACAUGGUGACUCCACGAAAUAUUUCCAAUCAAGCGGUGUUCAAACUGAUAAAAUUAUCAACACACACAUCUGCUUCUAAGCGCAUGCGCAGCCCACCAAUAUAUACAUUCCAAAUACAACUUGUUUUCAAUUGGUGAGCGCUGUGAGUUGCUUGGUAGGUUGUCUUUUCUCUUACCAACCAGUAAGAAUGAAAGCAGCUGGCAUCUUGCUGACGAUAAUUUGAAUGUGAAAAGACAUCUCUAUGCGUUUUACGCACCAGAGAUCGCUGUUUGAACAAAACUCGGCUCACAAUAUUCAUUGGGCUCUGGCGAUUUCGCGGUGUCCGGUCAACAGCCCACGGUCGGAAGGAAUCGAAGUUGACUAUUGUCUCUAAAUUCACACUUAUAUCAUUCACAGAUGUAGAGUGCCACUAAACAUGUCCUACGCUAAAAGGCUUGCGCUUCAUUCGGGCGUAAUUUUUGUUACAUGGUGCGCUUUUCUACAACAGACCGUGAACGCAACUGAAGGAUGCCAGGGUUUAAGAACAGAGUGUAAACCGGGGAUUGUUUUGCCUGUAUGGGGAGGCAAUCCUUCUACAGGAGUAAUUGUUGGGCGAGCGUUUGUGUAUUUGCUUGCCUUACUGUUUUUGUUUUUGGGCGUUUCAAUAAUCUCCGAUCGCUUCAUGUCGGCUAUUGAAAUAAUUACAUCGAAGGAGAAGGAAAUCAGGGUAACAGACAAGCAAACUGGAAAGGAGCGAAUUGUUACUGUGAAAAUAUGGAACGAGACUGUGUCAAAUUUAACUCUCAUGGCCCUGGGAUCGUCAGCUCCCGAAAUUCUGCUAUCUGCCAUUGAAAUUUGUGGAAAUAAUUUUGACGCUGGAGAGCUCGGUCCGUCGACGAUAGUCGGUUCUGCAGCUUUCAACCUAUUGAUUAUCAUUGCAGUUUGUGUUUAUGUUAUUCCUGAUGGAGAAUGCCGCCGAAUCAAACAUUUGCGAGUGUUUGCCAUCACAGCCUCCACGUCAGUUCUUGCCUAUGUUUGGUUGUACAUCAUACUAGCAGUGUCGUCUAAAGAUGAAGUCGAAAUAUGGGAAGCUCUCCUGACUCUGGCUUUCUUUCCGAUUAUGGUCAUCUCUGCCUACAUUGCAGACCGAAGGCUGUUGUUCUACAGAGCACUGAGAAAGGGUAGAAGAAAACAGAAGCGCAGAGGUAUGACAGUCAUUCAAACAGGCGAUUACGAUGUUGUUGGAGUUCAAGUAAAGGAUGGUUUUAUCGACGGAAACGUAGCCGAUGGUCGCUACCAACCUGGCGCCGCCGAAGCCGGACAACAGUUUGAUGAUGACGAGCUUCUCCAUGACCUGACGGAGGACAGGCGCGAAAAGGCCAUUCAAGCCCUAAAGGACAUACGACAGAAACAUCCCGACGCCGACCGUGAAACCGUUGAGCGAUUACUUGAGCAAGAAAAUUUGAAACUUCAACCAAAAAGUCGUGCGUUCUAUCGAAUCGAAGCCACACGCAAGAUGGUCGGCAGCGGAAAUGUGUUGAAGAUGAAGCACGAAAAACUUGAGAAGGCCAGCAGUUCCUUGGCAGACACUAAGAUGGAAAUGCAAGAUAUCGAGUACGAAGACCCACAGGUUGUCAGGGUUAAUUUUGACCCCGUCCAUUACAUUGUUAAAGAAAACUGUGGAAGUGUGUUUAUGAACAUUUCACGCACUGGCGGUGAUCCGAAUAACACGGUUUUCGUGGACUUCAGGACAGAGGACGGCACGGCAAAGGCCGGUGAGGACUAUGAGAAGACAGAGGGGUCAAUCUGUUUCAGGCCUGGAGAAACUUCCAAGACAUUCUCAGUCGUAAUCGUUGACGACGAUAUCUUUGAAGAAGACGAGCAUUUUUACGUCCAUCUGGGAAAUGUUCGAGUAGCUGGAGCCGAUGGGGAUUUGGUUCGCAACAAAUAUCGAGGUCCUGCAGGAAAAGUUGGUAAAGACGGAGUAGCUACAGUUACCAUCCUGGACGAUGACUACCCAGGGAUAUUCACAUUUGAGGAAGAGAAGCAUCAAGUGACAGAGGCAGAUGGAACCAUUAACAUUAAAGUUAUUCGCCACACUGGUGCGCGCGGCACUGUUCGUGUCCCUUACCAUACUAUGGAGGGAACAGCUAAGGGAGGAGGCGAUGAUUACGAAGAUGCUGUGGGUGAGCUUGAGUUUUCAAACGACGAGACUUGGAAAAACAUUGAGAUCAAUAUUAUAGACGACGAAGAAUAUGAAAAGAAAGAAACCUUUUAUGUUCUCCUUGGGGAACCAAAGAUUGUCAAAGAUGAAGAUGAUGACAGUGGAGCUGGUACUGAUGUGGGAUAUGAUCCAGAAAAGGAGCGUCUUGAAGAACUGGGAAAGCCAAGAUUAGGUGAUGUACCAAAGGCAGAGGUCACCAUAUUGGAAAGCAAAGAAUUCAAAAACACAGUGGACAAAUUGCUGGUCAAAGCCAAUCUAGCUCUUGUUGUUGGUACAUCCUCCUGGAAGGAACAGUUCACUGAUGCUCUGACCGUUAGUGGGAGUGGGGAUGAUGAUGACAGUGAUGAACCAACAACACCAACAUAUGGUGACUACAUGAUGCACUAUCUGACCGUCUUCUGGAAGCUGUUGUUUGCAAUUGUUCCUCCCACAGACAUCUGGGGUGGAUGGGCUUGUUUCAUUGCUUCUAUUGUAAUGAUUGGUGUGUUAACAAUGGUCAUCGGUGACGUAGCCUCACACUUUGGUUGUACCAUUGGAUUAGCAGACAGUGUUGUUGCCAUUACCUUUGUUGCCCUUGGAACAAGUCUUCCAGAUACAUUUGCCAGCAAAGUUGCUGCAGUUGGUGACGAGUAUGCAGAUUCAUCCAUUGGUAAUGUGACUGGUAGUAAUUCUGUCAAUGUUUUCCUUGGCCUGGGGGUGGCAUGGUCUAUUGCAGCAAUAGCCAAAGCGGCAAGAGGUGUCAAAUUUAUAGUUCCUGCUGGUAAUCUUGGCUUCUCUGUAGUUAUAUUCUGUGUUACCGCUGUAACAGCAAUUUUUGUUAUGAUGCUACGUAGAAGUAAAAGAGUUGGGGGAGAAUUAGGGGGUGCCAAAUCUUAUAAACUUCCAACAUCACUUUUCUUUUGUUUCCUUUGGAUAUUUUAUAUUGUAAUGUCUUCUUUACAAACAUAUUGCCAUAUCAAUGUAUCCUUUUAGCUUUUUCCAAAUUAAGGAAAAGUGCUUUCUCUGUGUCAACUAACAACAGCAGUAAGGAAGAUCUUAUAAUAAUUAAAGGUUCUCAAAUAUCUUUGAUACAAGUAUCAGUUUGUAUUUUCAAAAUGCAAUUUUAGAGAUAGCUACAUAUAUUUCUGAAUUAUUACAAGCCAUAAUGGCUAACAAUGAUAUCAAUCAUGCAAACCAAAGAAUGAGCACCACGCCUAAAUAUAUGUCAUAUUCAAUGCCCUAAGACUUUAGAGAUAACUCUCAAGAUAAGGAACACCAUAUUAUUACAUAUCCUGGUUAGCCUCAAUAGAAUAACAUUCUUCUCGCCAUUUAUUAUAAGUAUAGUGGGUAAGGAACAUGAUAAAUAAUAACAAUCACCCAGAUAUUGACAGAAAAAGCAAUUUCCUGUACACCCUUUUUGAACGCUGUAACACGAAUAUGCAACUUUUCGUAUCUGGCCUAGGGUAUUUUAGUUUUCCAGUCUCUGUGUCAAACUCUUACUUGGCCCAGAAAUUAUAUCUAAGACAUUUUUCUCUUUCUGCACAUCUUGUCUCUUUUUUGGAAUUCGGGUUUUGCAUGAUGAUAAAUGUUAAUGAAAAUCAA